AAAGAAUGUUAGCUUGUUGCCAAGGUAUCCCUUCAACUACAGAGCCAAACAGGCUCUUUGGAGUGAAAGCCAGUGGCCAGAAGAAAAGCUCAAGCUAGGAUUCCCAUCUGCUUUCUGGAUUGUCCUCAGUUUCUGACCCAUCCAGCGUGGAAGUCCUUUCCCAGUGGGGCUCAUCUGAGGUGUGUGUGGCCCUGGAAGUUUGGUGGUGACUUGAAGAGAGACAAAAAGACAUACAUGAAUAUCAACUUCAGAUCCCAGUUUGACCCAUUACUUGGUCAUGAUACUUCUUUGAUGACCAGAAAUGCAAAUUGUUUUUUAGUCAGACACACUCCUCAUCCCCGGAGAGUCUGUCACAUUAAAGGUUUAAACAACAUUCCCAUCUGUGCUGUAAAUGAUGAGAGUUUCUUUAAAGCAUUGUAUGAUGCUAGCCAGUUGGCUACCCCAGACAAGGACACACCAGCAAUCAACAAGGUUGCCUCAGCCAACAGCAUCAGAUCUUUCCAAUACCCAGGAUCAAACAAAAUGAAAACGCUCCCUCGGCCUAAUUCUGAACCCUGUAAACAAACAGAAGACUUCUUUGAUGAUCCCAGUGAUGGUGUUUUAAAGAUUAAAAAGGAAGAGCUCCGGGGAAGAAGUCACCUUUCAAAUUCAAAAGCAAACAAAAGUCUUAUGGUCUCUGAACAUAAUGAUUCUAAGAAGGAAAUGAGAAGCAAGACAAUUUGCAUACCAAACUAUCUGGAUCAGGAAAUAAAAAUUUUGUCAAAGCUGUGUGAAAUUUUACAAACUGACUCCCUGGCCGAACUCCUAGAGUGGCUACUCCAAGCAAGUGUUCAAGAAAAAGAGUGGGUAUCAGCUUUGAUCCAUUCAGAGCUCUCUGAGAUCAACUUGUUGAAAAACCGGGAGUCCAUUCCCCAAAAGAAAUCUGGAAAAGAGAAAUCAUUUUCUCCUGUCAAAACUGGCAUGGCUCCUCUUGUAGAGAACAAGACUUCAGUCCUAAGCAAGGAAGAGAUGGCAAAAGUCAAUAGAGUUCAAAGUCAAAAACUGGAAAAAUAUAAAGAACCAAGACAAGAGUUUGAAGAAAAGCCUGGAUUGAUCAAAGAAGCAAAUAAGUUUGAAGAAGUCAUUGAAGAAUAUUUUAGCAAAAGAAAGACUCCUGCCAAGAAUCUGAAGAUUUGGGAGAGAAAUUUUUGCCCCUCACUCAGCAGCAAAAGCAACAAUGUCAAGAAACCAACAAGGGAACAGUUUGUAUUCCCCAAAACCCAAUAAUUACAGUAUUUUGAAGUUUUGAGUCAAAGAAAUGCAAUAGUAGUAAAUACCAAGGGGAAAAGGCCUAUUCUGGCUUUUCUUAUCAGUAAGCCCAAGUUCAUCUAUUCUUACUCCCACCCAAAAAAUGUUUUCAAGAUGGCCUAUAAGCCAUAUAAGCAUGGACUAGUUAUUGAAGUAACAAGUUUUAGUCUUCAAACAUUGGUAAAUUAUAGAUAAAUCUGAAUGUUGAUUAUAUUUUAAUUAUUUUUAGUCUGUUAAUUUUAAAUACGUAUGAAAUAAAAUACAUAUAUGCACACAUGUUCUAUUUUCAUGAUUUGCAGACUCACUACAUAAUGGUGAGGACCUGAUAAUUUCAUCAAGAGACAGGGCUGUCAGAACCAGGUCUGACUCAAUUCCAUAUUCCCUACCCAUGCUUGGUGUCUUCAUUAAAAAGAAAAAAUGAUGAAUCUUAUAGGGUUGGAUUUCUUCCCCUCUUCCUCCCACUUAACUGCAUAUCAUUGGAGGAGUUGCAUAUUUGAAGUUUUAUUCUCUAAAAUAAUCCAAGUAAAGCAGAAUCUGAACACAAAGGUAAAACCUAAUCUCUUCUAGUCAUUUUCUCAAUUUUUCUCAUUAUUUUAAGUGGAUAAUAGAGUAUCUGAUGACUUUAAUUUGAUAUCAAUUACUUGGUCAUCUGCUCUCCAUAAUCUUUAACUUUCACAC